AUGGAGGCUCGCCUGCUGCAUGCCCCAGCUCACCGGAGGCUGCCUCGGCUCGGCCCUGGCCUGGCAGCCAGCGCCCGCCUCGGCAAACCCAGUCGCCAGAGGCCGCGGCGGCCCUCGGUGGGAGGGGCCCGGGUUGCCGGGAGCGGCAUACGCGGGCCAGGGGUCGGGGUGGAAGGCAGCCGCGGGGCGCCGGCCUCGGCCUGCAGCCCAGAGCGGGGCCAGGACGACCCAGCGCCGCCUUCCGUGCGCCCGGCGAGCCUGCAAGGGGGGGGGGCCGCUGCCCGGCCGCCUCGGACGGAGCGCCUCGCGCCCCGCCGGGCCGGCCCGGGGAAGCGCCCCCGCGGCGCCCCGCGUCCCCGCAGGCCUCCCGGCGGCCGAGUAGGCGGCGCGUCACUUCCGGCGGGGCGGGGCGGGGCGGGCUCCGAGACGGCGCCCCGGCCACGUGAGGGCGGAGCGGAUGUGGCGUCGGAAGUGACGUCAGGAGCCAGCGGCGGCCGCCAUCUUGGCUCCGCGGUGCGUUGCUGUGACAGGGGGCGGGCGAGCCCAGCGGCCCGUCCCGGCGUCGUUCCCGGCCGUCCCCGCGGCGCGCCGGCAUGCGGGGCGGGAGGAGGCCGCGGCAGCGGCAGUGAGGCGGCGCUCUUCCCAGCGCGUCUCGCCCGGGCUGCCCGCGGAGGGCGCCGCGAGGAGCCUUGGCCGCCUUGCGCGGCGGCGCUCGGGUCCGCCUCCUCCCGCGUGUCGGUGACGAGCCUGCGAGGGUGUCGGGAGGAUGGGAGGAGGAGGAGCACCUGCCUGAGCAACUCGGGUGCCUUCAUGGAACCUUGCCCCACGCCCAGCCGCACCAUGGGGAUCGCCAGGGGAACGACAGGCCCCGCAGGUGGAGGGGCAAGCCGGAGCCUUCGCACGGAGCCUCGCCCAAAGAGCCCUCGCUGGGGCGGGCCGGCCGCAGUGGCAACGUUCCCGAGUGAGGCCGAUGCAGCAGCAGCCCUCCCUCUGGAAAGCUGUCUGCAGGAAGAGAGGCGGGAGCAGCCAAGCCCCAGGAACAAGCAAGUGGGACCGGGAGCGGCUGGUGGGGAGCGCCUUCCUCCAGAGCAGCUGAAGAGGCAAGCGGAGGCGGCAGGGACCCCUCUGGAGCCCCUCGGUGAACAGGGUGCUUCCCCCACCCAAGUCCUGGAUCGUCCGGAAGAGGCACUGGCAACAGUUCCAGCUGUACGGAAGCGUUCUCGUGGGCGGAAGCGGAAGAAGGCUGCUGCCCGCAGAGGCCCCAGCCCCAGGGAACCUCCCAGGGUACCGAGCGAGGGCCCAGGGCCCUCGCAGAAUGGCCCCCUUCCUCCCGUGAGAGUGCCAAAGAAACGAGGGCGCAAGUCCAAGGCGGAGCUGCUCCUGCUGAAGCUGUCGCAGGGCCUGGAGUGCCAGGCACACGACCAGAAGCCGCGGGCCGGCAGGGAGGACACAGACAGCCUCGAGGCGACCCCGGAAGGGGGCCGGCCCAAGCGUCGAGCGGCAAAAGUAGCCCUCCUUUACCUGCAGGAGCUGGCUGAAGAGCUGACCUCCGUGUACCAGGCCCCCGCUGGCGACGAGAGCGCAGAGAACAGCCCCGAAGAACCUGGCCGAAAGCGGCGCAGCCAGAGGCAGCAGGAACCAAGGCUGGAGGAUGCAGACUUUGUCCCCUCUGAGGACGGGCUUCUGCACGAUGAAGAGGAGGAGGAGGAAAGUGACCUCCUCCUGAGUGAAGCCUCAGAGUCCGAGUUGGAUCCCGGCCUGCAUGGAGCAGUGAGGUCCAAGGCGCACUACCGGGGAUUUGCCUCCAAUGGCUUGCACAACUCCAUCAUGGCUCCCCUGUCAAAGUCCCUCACGACCACGCACCGCUUGCGCGAGCAGCUCCACUCUCACUGGGAGUUUCCCGAAUGGAUCCCCUCUGCCCGGCAGUGGGCCUUCCUCUCCGAGAGCCAAGCAGAGAAAUACCUCCCUGCUGAGACCAAAUCUCCGCUUUUCUCCAUCCAGCGGGAAGGCUUGGAAGAAGACUGCGGUGCUCUGUACCGAAUUAACAGGUUUAACGCCUUGCAGCCCCACAGGGAGCGCCUGGACCUGACGUUCUUCGUUGGCGGGCCUGUCUGGGCGGUGGAGUGGUGCCCCACCCCGGAAGGCUCCCAGGCGGCCCAGCAUGUCGCCGUCUCCUGCAACCCCAGCAUGGACGAGCGGCACACUCUGGUGGGCAUCCACAAAGGACCGGCGCUGCUCCAGCUCUGGGAGCUUGGACCCCUCCAGCAAGAUGCAGGGUCGGCCACCAAGCCCGGGCUGGCGUAUGCCAUUGCCACCGACCAUGGCUGCAUCUGGGACAUGAAGUUCUGCCCCAGCGGAGCCUGGGAGCUGCCUACCACCCACCGCAAGGCCCCGCAGAUGAGCCGGCUGGGGCUGCUGGCGGUGGCCUUCUCUGAUGGCAAGGUGCUGCUGUACAGCCUUCCUCACGCGGAGCCGCUGCGCGCCUGCAGGAGAGCCCAGGCCGCGGGUGAGCUCUCCUCCCGGCACGCCAUCUGCAAGGUCCAGUGCGUGGCCACCCUGCAGGUGGGCUCUAUCCAAGCCGGGGGCUCCUCCGAGUGCGGCCAGUGUUUCAGCCUGGCGUGGAUGCCGACCAAGCCACACCAGCACCUGGCAGCCGGCUUCUACGAUGGCACCGUGGCCCUCUGGAACCUCUCCAGCCAGUCCCUGCUGCAGAGGGUGCGCCAGCCGGAUGGCUCCCUGAAGCUGUACCCCUUCCGCUGCUUCCUGGCCCACGACCAUGCCGUGCGCAACAUCCAGUGGUGCAAGGCGAACAGCGACUUCAUGGUGACUGCAGGGAAUGAUCGCAAGAUCAAAUUCUGGGACUUGCGCCGGCCGCAUGAGCCUCUCAACAGCAUCAAGCGCUUCCUGAGCACGGAGGUCGCCUGGUUGCUGCCCUACAGUGGCGUCACGGUCGCCCAGGACAACUGCUACGCCUCGUACGGCCUGUGUGGCAUCCAUUACCUGGACGCCGGCUACCUGGGCUUCCGAGCCUACUUCGUGGCCCCACGCAAGGGCACUGUGUGGAGCAUCUCGGGAUCUGACUGGCUGAACUCGGUGGUGGCCGGCGAUGUCACGGGGGAGCUGGUGGCUGCUGUGAUGCCCGACCUCUCCAUCAACCCACACAACGUGAAGCGCCCCUCAGAGCGCCGCUUCCCCAUCUGCAAGGCCAGCCUGCUUCCCUGCGAAUCGCUUGGCAAGGAGGCUGUGCUGGCUGGAGCCACGGAGAAGCCUCCAGUGGAGGGCCGGACGUACAGCGCAUCAGUGGCUCAGAACUACCUCAUCUUCCGGGACGCGGACCUGAGGAGUUUCAAGCACUUCUUCAAGCGGAAGCCCCGGAAGCCGGUGCUGGGAGCAGAGGUGAAGGAGGGGGACGGCCUGGGCCGGCUGCAGUUAGAAGCCGUGCACAAGCUCCCUUUCCGGCAGGUUCGCUUCAGCCCCAACUUGGACUGCCACAGCUGGCUGGUCUCGGGGGGCCAGUCCGGCCUCGUGCGGCUUCACUGCCUCCGUGCGCUGGCGUCCCCCGCCAGCCGCAAGCUCCUGCUCGAAUGCCAGGUGCAGUUCAGCGCCAUCUUCGACGCAGAGGGGCCUCCAGCAAGCAUCCCUGGGGAGCGUGGCGGUGGCAGCUGAGCAGCACCCGGGGCAGGUCUCUGACAGCGGCAGCUGUCGCCGCGGGAUCGCUGGCGUCCUCCAGAACGGCGCAGCGCCGGCAGCGGGCAGGUGGGCCAGCCAGAGCUGCAGCGAGGCCGGCCGGACCGAGCAGAGGACAGCAUGGGACAGUCCGAGCUGGCCAGGGAGGCCGCCCCCUUUGUGGGCGGCCAGAAGAGAAGGAGCCCGCCCCCUCCCGCCCCCAGCCGUGUGGCCGGGCCUUCCGCUCUCACGCUCUUCCCUGCACAGGCCACAUGGCUCCGGCUGUGGGGGGGAGAAGCAGGGUGGGAAGGUCACUCCUGGCCGGCCAGGCAGGGUGGCACUCCGUGCUCCCUCUCCCUGCCUGGAGCGCCACCCCAUGCAAUUGGGGCUGGGGCGGGGGAGGACCCCGAGCAGGACCCCAGGAGGGCUGGUGGCCGCCCCUUGCCUCGGUGGGCACCACUUGCUCACAUUGAGCCGUUUUGUCGUCCGUCUUCACCAUUACUAAAGUGUGUUUUGCUUUGUA